GUGGUUGUAGUGAAGGCUGCUAAAGCUGCUGGAGCCGGGGGAGUUUCCCGGUGUGGGAUCCAGUUUGCAUCCCAGACAGACGUCACACAGUAAGCAGGAUCCCUUGCAGCAGGGCUACAGGAUAAGCUGCACCAUCUCAGGAGCAUCUGUCACACCUGCUGUAAGAAGAUUCUUGUAAUUGCUGCCCGGCUGUCACACUGGCACAGGAUGGUUAUAAGGGUGUUUUUAGCCUCUUCCUCCAGCUCUGUGACUAUCAAGAAGAGGCAGCAGGAAGUGUUACAGUUUUUGGAAGCAAACAGAAUUGAAUAUGAAGAAGUAGAUAUUACUAUGUUAGAAGAAAAGAGACAAUGGAUGUACAAAAAUAUUCCCAAGGACAGGCUGCCUGCACAGGGUAAUCCACUGCCUCCACAGAUCUUCAAUAACAAUAUCUACUGUGGGGAUUAUGAAAGCUUUUUUGAAUCGAAGGAGAGCAACACUGUCCUCUUAUUCUUGCAACUGAAAGCAAGGCCAGCACAAAAGGAACUUUAAAAGAAUGGAAGAUAAUAAGCACAGGGCACACAGCACAGCCCCAUCAUCCAUUGUUCUGAGGAACCAGUUAAAAUUCAAAUUUCUUUGCCAAAAAUGGUGCUCUGUGACAGUUCAUGGACUACAUCACCAAAGGAUAUAUUUUACUAUAAUGUUGGGUGCAGUAGAUGUCAUAGAGAAUGACUCAGCAUUAACUAUAAAAAUGGUUUUCAGCCUGGCUUGGAGAAAAGGUGGAUCUCCAUAUCGUUCAUAUCCUUCAAAUCAAGUAUUGACCCUAUUCCUGACAUUGGAAAUUGACUUUAAACAGUUGUACUUCAUGCUUCCAUUCAAGCUAAAUGACUUUUAAACGUGUCUGCCUAUUCGACUGCAAUUUUUAGUUGCUGGUCUUUUGUUUCUGCGUUAUAUGUAUAUAUAACAACAUUUAGACCCCACAAUAAAGAAAUGUUAUGACCAAA